CUUGAGACGCGAACCAAGGCCUGCUUUUGUCGCCCGGGUCCCCCGCCAGCAGCUCCGGGGCACAGCAGCCCCCUGCGGAAGCAGGGAGGGAGGGGGAAGAGGCCCUCGCUGCUCACUCGCCGCUUUUUCAGGUCGCCGCCGGCCAUACCCAAGGCGGGUGGCGGCGGUAUUCGGGCAGGAUCGCGAGCCUUCGGACCGAGAAAUGCAGGUCGGGAUUUCUGACGUGCCGUUCGGCUGCAAACGCUGUUGCCGCAUCCUGGAGGUGACCGGCCUGCGGUGCUCCGGCCCUUCCGGCCUCGCCGCGCAGCUCAGGAUGGACGCGGCUCGGUGUCCCGCAGCGCGAGGCGCGCCGCCCCCCAGAGGCUGGCUGCUGUCCCCGGGGCGGCCCCUCCGCUCAACCGGCCGGCGCCGGAGAGGCGGCUCGGCGGCCGGAAGCCCCGCGCCGUUGCAGCUGCUGCUGCUGCUGCUGCCGUUCCUACUGCGGCGCGCCACGCCAGGCGCGGUGGCGACGUCGGAGACCAGGAUCGACGGGCGGGCUCUGUCGGUGAGCAGCUUGCGGGAGGCCGAGAGCCGCGCCUUCACCUGCCUGGCGGCGGCCCCCAACCUCACCUGGUACCUCAACGGGGAGCGGCAGGAGACCAACGCAUCCGGGAGGCCCCUGGCGGCGGCCGGCGACGCCUCGGGGGAGGACGGCCGCGGCAUUUUCGUGGUGACGGCGCGGCGGGUGGACCACCGGCUGGACUGCGCCGCCACCGACCCGGCCACGGGGCGCAUCUCCACCGCCUCGGUCCUCCUCAAUGUGCAGUUUCAGCCCGAAAUCGUGAAGGUGGACGCCUAUUACCGCGAAGCGAGCGAGCCUGGCCUCCUGCUGGUGCUCUUCGUGCUGGUCCAAGCCAACCCGCCGGCCGACGUGACCUGGGUGGACCAGGACGGGCAGGUGACGGUCAAUGCCUCCCGCUUCCUGCUGCUGGACGCCCAGACCUACCCUUGGCUCGCCAACCACACCGUGAGGGUGCAGCUGCACGGCCCGCCCCGGAACGCCUCCCUCCGCGCCUCCAACGACCUGGGCGUCGCCAGCUCCUCCGUUCCGCUCCCCGGUCUCCUGGCCACCCAACUUGAACUGCCUCUGGUGGCCCUGGUGGGGGCAGCUGCUGUGGCUCUGGUGAUACUCCUGAGUUUUGGGGUGCUAAUCAGCUGGACUGUUUCCCAGGCGGCCAAAAAGUCAGCAGGACAUGGCCCAGCAGUACAGCUUCCUCUGAGCAAUGUCUUACAGCCGAAGGAAGUCUGUCUGCCACGGGCAAACAGGUCCCUCCCUUCCAACCUGCAACUCAAUGACCUUGCACCGGAACCAAAAAGUAGAGCAAAUAGUGCUCCUGCAGAGCAAAGUGAAGAUGCUGUUUCGGAGACAAAAAACCACCCAGCCCUUGCUGAACAAGGUUUGGGUCAAUUUCUUACUGUCGGAUAUAUUUAUAGAGCCACUAGUAUGAGUAGCGAUGAAAUCUGGCUGUGAAGACCAUCACCGGGUCCACUCCAAGCACAGAGAAGCAAGCGAGGCAUGGAGAAGAGUGGGCAAAAGGCGCCAGGAGUAUCUCUGCUUUUCACUGUGGAACAGGAUGGUGAGCGCACCCCUAGUGGCAAAGGCGCCCACAGCAGGAUCUGGUCCUGAACAACAGGCUGAUCUUUACAGGGAGGAUACUUUUCACCCUUUACUCAUUUCCAGCAAAACAGGCAUCCAGCAGCUGCCCUGUUUCUCCUUCCAAUAUGAGGAUUGCCUUCCUAAGCUCACCUUUGCCAUCCACAGACCAGGAAGGCGAUUGCCAUGCACAUCUCAGUUUAGGAUUGUAGCUUUGCAACUUCUACGCUUAAUGAAUAAACGGCUGUGGUUAAAGUGUU